AUCGAUGCUGCCGUCAAUACUCAAAGGGUGGCGGCUGCGGUCGGUGGCUGGGUGUCCGGUUGGGAGGCUCGUGGCGAAUCGGUUUACUUUUUCUCCAAUUAUUUUUUUCAUUUGUUGACUCAGUUACACAAAACCGAUAAAGAGAAGCAAAAAAAAAAGGUGUCCCGACUUGGUGGUGGGUUCGCGUAAGUGGACGCCAUCGUGGCCGUCGCAGUGAGCGCGAGGAAGCCGACACGAGGAAGUCGUUCCGAGGAAGAAGUCUGCCGAGAGUAGUCGAUUCAGGUGAACCGUUCGCCUUGGGUGAAGUUACGGACGUCGGUUCCAGUGCACAAUUCCGGAAGGAAGCCACGGAUGUACACGGCAGACAUCGAAUUCGAAGAAUGAGAAUACUCGCGGGUGAAGUGACGGUGAUCGUUUGCAAACUGGUUGUACUGUGGUCAUUGCACGGCGGAGAAACCGUCGGUGGUGCGGCCACCAGUGAAAGUGAACCGGUGCACCGGGUGCUGGAACGGUUGGAGAAGCUUAACCGGGUCGGGACGUCGGCGUAUCACGAUGACUUCAUCAACAGAAUAAACUACGAUGUUUACGUAACACCCGUGAUGAGUCCGCAGCAGCGUGCGGAGACGUUACGGUCCAAGAACCCGUUACUGUCGUGGCUGGCCAACGUGCUGACCUUCGGAGGAGCUGCGACCCAGACCCAGACGACACGACCGGAAGUGGCGCUGGACGAGGAACCGGAAAAAGCAUGCCCAAAGUGCACAUGUGGCGUAUCCCUCGUGACGUCCCGGAUCGUUGGCGGUGUAAAAGCAGAUAUCCUCGAGUUUCCCUGGAUGGUGAUGUUGCUGUAUAAGGGUACGUUCUACUGUGGCGGCUCGUUGGUUAGCGACCGUUACGUUCUGACGGCUUCGCACUGCGUGUUGAACUUCAAACCUAGCCAGAUCACGGUGAAAAUCUACGACCCCGCCAACUCCCGCAUGGUUUCACGAACGGUGGAGAAACUCUACGGGAACGAUCGGUUUAACUUGGAUACGUUCAACAACGAUAUCGCCCUGGUUAGGCUACUGCAACCGGUGAACGUGGUUGAUCAGUACGUGACCGUGUGCUUGCCAACGCCGGGGAAGAACUUUGCCGGAAUGGACGGAACCGUGGCCGGAUGGGGUAAGCUGUCUAACGGGACACUGUCACAGACGCUGCAGCAGGUCAAGGUGCCCAUCAUGACGAACCAACAGUGUAAAAAGAGUGCUUAUCGAGCAACCAGAAUUACGGACAAUAUGAUGUGUGCCGGGUACUCGGAAGGAGGUCGUGACGCGUGUCAGGGUGACAGUGGAGGACCACUUCUGGUUGGAGAUGCAACUCUUCGGGAGAUUGUCGGAAUUGUAUCGUGGGGUGAGGGUUGUGCCAAACCCAACUACCCAGGAGUGUACACCCGGGUGAAUCGAUACCUUCAAUGGAUCAAAACACACGCCAAAGAUGGCUGCUUCUGUGAUCCACCGGAAUACAGAGCAAAUUUACCUCUGGUUUGGGGACCAGUCCACGUUCAGUCCAGGUCCAGCCCGUUGGUGGUCAGUUGUUGCGCAGAACAGUUGGAGGCUGGAGCACGAUCCGUUCAAGUUUAUUUACAAAUGACUACGAUAAUUAUAGCGGUUGCGCUGGUGGCGUCCCUGGUAGUGGCCACGGGAGUUCUGUUCAACGUGAAACCGGUCAAUUCCGCAUCAUCGUCACGAGAGCUUUAUGGCUGGAGCAGCUAUCCGGCAGGGGGUCAUGAAAAUAAUGUAACUGUGCUGGAUCAGUACGCCGUAACCGCGAGCAGCCAAGAAGGAACACUGAAAGCACCCACGGCAAAUCGGAACGUUUGGACAUGGAUUUCGUCCAUUCUGGGGCUGCCCAUUGCAAGUGUGUUCGCAUGGCGGGCGACACCGACAAACUGUAAACUCUGCUCAUGUGGUGCCCCCCAGAACACUUCCCGCAUCGUCGGUGGCCAGGAUGCCCCGGAGGGACGCUACACGUGGAUGGUGGCGCUGUACUACAACAACAAGUUCAUCUGCGGCGGAUCGCUCAUCAACGACCGGUACGUGCUGACGGCGGCCCACUGCGUGUUCAACACGGAUCGGAGCCUGUUUUCGGUCAAGUUCCUGCUGUACGAUCGGUCCAUUCCGGCACCGGAAUCCUUCGAACGGCGCGUGUCGUACAUUAUGACGAACUGGUUCGUGAACGCUUUGGUGUUCAUAACGAACGAUUUGGCCCUGUUGAAGCUGAACGAGACGGUUCCGAUUGGCGAUAGUUUGUACCCGGUUUGUUUGCCCCAGGAGGGACCGACGUUCGCCGGAAUGGAGGGUAUCGUAACUGGUUGGGGAAAGCUGGGCAAUCGGACGUUCCCGACGAAGCUGCAGGAAGUGCGGGUGCCCAUUUUGUCCUACACUGACUGUGCCAACCAGAGUAGCUACCACAACUUCCAAAUCAACGAUCGGAUGCUGUGCGCUGGAGUGCCAGAGGGUGGCAUGGACUCCUGCCAAGGUGACAGCGGAGGUCCUAUGCAUAUUCAGGACGCCGAUACGGGAAAAUACGUGAUCGCAGGGGUUGUUUCGUACGGUUACGGUUGCGCUCAACCCUCGUAUCCAGGAAUCUACGCACGUGUCAACAGAUUUCUCUCGUGGAUCAAGUUCAACACCCGGGAUGCCUGCUACUGCAGCUUUUGUGGCGUCAACGGUCGAUCAAACCGAAUCGUCGGAGGUGCGGAGACGGUAGCCCACGAGUUCCCCUGGCUUGCCGGGCUGUUCCGCCAAGGAAAGCUGUACUGCGGCGCGUCUGUCCUGACCAAGAACUACCUCGUGACGGCAGCACACUGUGUCAACUCGUUCGAACCCAGCGAAAUUCGGGUAUACCUCGGAGGUCACAACAUUGCCAAAGAUUUCACGGAACUUCGACGAGUUAAGCGAAUAAUCGAUCACGAGGGAUUCGACAUCUUCACUUUCAACAACGAUAUCGCCCUGCUAGAGCUAGACAAACCGUUGCGCUACGGACCGACGAUCCAGCCGGCUUGUCUGCCGAACGGAAAUGAACGCGACUUCACCGGAAUGCUGGGAAUCGUUGCCGGCUGGGGACGAAUCGAGGAGAAGCGCCCUCCGUCCAAGACGCUGCGAUCGGUCGUCGUUCCCAUUUGGUCCCAGGAGCAGUGCCUGGAAGCCGGUUACGGCAGCAAGAAGAUCUCCGAGAACAUGAUGUGCGCCGGCUAUCACGACGGAAAGAAGGAUGCUUGCCAGGGUGAUAGCGGUGGCCCGAUGCACAAGAUGGGCAGCGAGGGCAGCAUGGAGGUCAUCGGAGUGGUGUCGUGGGGUCGCGGUUGUGCCCGGCCGAACCUGCCCGGAAUCUACACCCGCAUCGUCAACUACUUGCCGUGGAUACACGAGAAGCUGCAGGGAGAGUGUCUGUGCGUGCCGAAGGAUGUUGCCGCGCGGAAUAAAACGACAACAAUAACAACAAUGAAGUUCAACUCGUCAGCUGUGAUAGUUUCGGUGGUGGCGCUGCUCUUGACUGGAAAGUGCAGUGGAGCAUCGUGGUACAACAACUUCAGCUUUAACAACAACAACAACCAGAGUAGAGCGCUGGACCAUCGGAGUGGCCGGUUUUUGUUCGAUGCGCUCUUUGGGCUGGAUUCCAGUACAUUCUCGCUGGACGAUGACGGGCCCGAUGCGACCAACCUGGUCAAGAGCUGCGAUUGUGAAUGCGGCACAGCCAACCAGGAGACUCGCAUCGUUGGGGGACGACCCACCGGAGUCAACCAGUACCCCUGGCUUGCCCGGCUGGUUUACGACGGCCAGUUCCACUGCGGAGCCUCGCUGCUGACGCGGGACUACGUGCUGACGGCGGCUCAUUGCGUUCGGAGGUUGAAACGCAACAAGAUUCGAGUCGUCUUGGGAGAUCACGAUCAGUUUAUCGCUACGGAGACAACGGCAAUCCAGCGGGCUGUAACGGCUAUCAUCCGGCACCGGAGCUUUGACCAGAACUCGUACAACCAUGACAUUGCACUGCUGAAGCUGCGCAAGCCGGUUGAUUUCACGAAAACCAUCAAACCGGUGUGCCUGCCCAAGGAUCGCAGCGAACCGUCCGGUCAGAUUGGUACCGUGGUCGGAUGGGGUCGCACGUCCGAGGGUGGAACCCUGCCGGGGAUCGUGCAGCACGUGGACGUCCCGAUCUUGACGUUGGACCAGUGUCGGAACAUGAAGUACCGGGCGUCGAGGAUCACUUCGAAUAUGUUAUGCGCUGGCAAGGGCAAGCAGGACUCAUGCCAGGGUGAUUCGGGAGGUCCGCUACUGGUGCGGAAAGGGGACAAGCACGAGAUCGUGGGCAUCGUUUCGUGGGGCGUGGGUUGUGGCCGGGCCGGUUAUCCGGGGGUGUACACACGAGUGGCCCGAUAUCUGCCUUGGAUUCGGGCCAACAUGGAUGAGACGUGUUUGUGCAAUAAACUGAUGAACUUGGCCCAGUUUCCGGAGAUGAUGGCGUUGCUAUCCAGGGGAAGAGUGCCUUCCCUGGUGGUGAUGGUGGCGGUGAUCUGCUGCUGGAUGCUGGCCACCACCACCCUCGUCGUGGAAGCCAAAUUGGCGGCUCGUGGCAAGUACGAGAUGAUGGCCACUCCAGCGUCCUCAUCGGCGGGCUCCUCAUCUUCCGGCAAGAACUCCGACGAGCACCGGGGCAUCAUCGACAACGUGAAGAUGAUGUUCGGUGGAGGAGCCUCCAACAGGGCACCGGCACACGAUACGCCGGCCAGUGCCUGCAGUUGUCGUUGCGGAGAACGGAACGAUGCGUCGAGAAUCGUUGGCGGUCAGCCAACGGGCAUCAACGAGUUCCCGUGGAUGGCCCGGCUCAGCUACUUCAAUCGGUUCUACUGCGGCGGCAUGCUCAUCAACGACCGAUACGUGCUGACGGCGGCACAUUGUGUCAAGGGCUUCAUGUGGUUCAUGAUCAAGGUGACGUUCGGCGAGCACAACCGCUGCGACGACUCGGUCCGGCCCGAAACGCGCUUCGUGCUGCGUGCGAUCGCGCAAAAGUUCAGCUUCCUCAACUUCGACAACGACAUCGCCCUGCUGCGGCUCAACGACCGUGUCCCGAUAACCGACUUCAUUCGGCCGAUCUGUCUGCCGUCCGACCCGUCCAAGACGUACGUCGGCACGAACGGCACCGUGACCGGCUGGGGCACCCUCAAGGAGGACGGCAAACCGUCCUGCACGCUGCAGGAGGUUGAAGUCCCGGUCAUCGCGAACCACGUGUGCAGCAGCGAAACCAACUACACCUCGUCGAUGAUUACGGACAACAUGAUGUGCGCGGGCUACCUGGGCGUCGGUGGCCGCGACUCGUGCCAGGGCGAUUCCGGCGGUCCGCUGAUUGCGGCCCGACCCGACAAGCGGUACGAGCUGAUCGGAGUGGUCUCGUGGGGCAACGGGUGUGCCCGGCCGUACUACCCGGGAGUUUACACCCGAGUCACGCAGUAUCUGGACUGGAUCAAGGAGAACUCCAAGGAUGGGUGCUUCUGCAGCGAAUGAGUGACGCAGCGUGCGAGCGCGAUGAGAGGAUAAGUGACUGGAGUGUGAGUGCGAGAGUGCAUGAGUUACAUGAUACGGGAGCGCAUUGCUUCCCAACAGCAUUUCUGUGAAACAGCAACGGGAGUUUAGUUAAGCCAUUUAGCGCGUGUGAAAUUUAAUUCUGUUAACUCUAACGAAUCCAUGCAGACCUAGUCUCCGACGCCUGUUCCGGGAAACUGCUCUGCAAUUCGGUGUAACCAAUCGAUAGGCGUAGAUCAAUUACGACCUAGUGAAACGAAACAAACGAAAAAUGACGCGUAACAACAAAGCUAGAUCGAAUCUCGAAAGACUUGAGCAAUAAAUUACAGAGGAAGAAAAAAAAACAACAAA